GCAUGCCGCCUGGAACAGGACGACAACAAACCGCUUAAAUAGCCAAACGCUGACAGUGCAUUUACAUUUGUCACUUUUCUGUGUUGUUAGUGUAGCUCCCUGUUGGCAGAAAUGUCCGGAAAGGCCAAGGACAUCCUACAGAUGGAUCUGUAUGGUUUACUCGGUAUUGAAAGCACCGCUACGCCAAAAGAGAUCAAGAAAGCUUAUCGGCAGAAAGCUUUGACAUGCCAUCCAGACAAGAACCCAGACAACCCGAAAGCAGCUGAGCUCUUCCACCAGCUGUCCCAGGCUCUUGAGGUGCUAACUGAUGCUGCUGCCAAGGCUGCCUAUGACAAGAUUUGCGCUGCCAAGAAGCAAGCAGAAGAAAGAAACCGGAAGCUAGAUGACAGGAGAAAGAAAAUUAAGCUUGACUUGGAGACCAGAGAGCAACAAGCCGAAGCUCAGAGCCAGGAGGAGGUGCAAAUCACUAGAACACUUGAAGAAGAGAUAGCCCGUUUGAGGGAAGAGGGGUCCAGGCAGCUUGAGGAGGAACAGAGGAUCAUCAGAGAGCAGAUACAGAGAGAACGGGAAGCCCAGCAGCAGCAGAGAGGAGGCCACACUCACAGAAACCCAGGAGUGGAGAGAUGUUCACAGAGUAGCGUGACCCCCAAAUUAAAGUUAAAGUGGAAGUGUAAAAAAGAUGACGGCACAAAUGGAGGCUACUCUCAGGACAUUCUUUUCGGACUUCUACAAAAGUAUGGGGACGUCUUGAAUGUGAUUGUAUCGGGGAAGAAGAGAGGAAGCGCUGUGGUCGAAUUUGCAACUGUGAGAGCAGCUGAGCUGGCAGUUAAAAAUGAGAGUGGCCUGAGUGAAAACCCCUUGAAGAUUUCGUGGCUCGAAGGACAGCCUGAGGUUAAAUCCCCAGCAUCUCAACCUGGCCUGUUCAUGUCUUCACAGGGCUCCCUAUCAAAUGAGCGCGACUAUGAGAGCGUGGUGAUGAUGAGGAUGAGGCAGGCCGCCGAGCGACAGAGGCUCAUUGAACAAAUGCAGAGAGAAGACGACGAGGAAGCUGCCGGGACUCGGUACUAGCCUGCAGUUAUUCCAUGAAUACCUGCUUCAGGCUUUAGUUUCAUAAAGCCUCUUUUUUCUUUGUUAUAACGUUUUGUAUGUUAUACAUUGUGUGGAAAAAUAAAUCUUUUUAAUCACUUAAAA